CGAAGGUGUGGCCUGGAGUUAUCGUCACGAUGUCACAAACAGCAACAACGACCAUGGAGGCCCAGCCAACCAGCCUCAUCGCUGCGCCGACAGCUGCAGUGCCAAAGGCGGCCAAGCCUCUCGCUGAGGGCAGGGCGACGCUCAAAGACCUGGCGGUGGAUCUCGCAUGUGCGGUGAGGCGUUGGUUGAGCAGCAAGUCGGGCAGAUCUUCCUCAAUCGCCCUUGUUUGUCGGUUGUUGGGUGUGUCAGUAUCGUCUGGCUGAUGAGUGGGGGAUGAACGAGGGCAUCUGCAACCACUUCACCAUCGCGGUGCCGCAGGAGCUGCACCCGCACGGCCUCGCAGACGAUGCGUUUCUGAUCAUCAAGUACACACGAACGGACGAAGCAAAGGCAGCGCAUCCAUCCAUCGUGUCAUCUCUCUCCGUCUGUGGCUGCAGGUACGGUACUUUGUGGAGCGAGGCGACGGCCAAGGACAUGCUGCUCGUCAACACCAAGGGCAAGAUACUCUGCGGUGCCCAGAACAGACACACAUGAGUGUCGGAAAUCACACCACGCCGAAUUGAUGUCAUUUGGUCGGUCGUUCAGAUUGGGGCACUGGGUGUGUGCAGCCGGUGGGCUACGCCAGCUCCCCCGCCAGCUGGGCGUGCGCCAGCUACGACCCCACGGCCUUCAACAUCCACAAGGCCGUCCAUCUCAGACUCGGUGGGUGGGAGAGAGAGACAAGGAAAGGAGCGCGAAGCAACGACCAUUGGGUUCUCUCUCUGUCUGUCUCUGUCUGUAGGUUCUGCUGGUGCGGUGGUGCUGCAUACGCACAUGCCGUCGGUCACCACUCUGAACGCGCUCAAACCUGAAGCAGGUAAGAGCCCACACACAGGACGCAUUGAUUCGACGGUCAUCUCUCUGCAUGUGUAUGCUGGUUGGUCGGUCGGUCAGGUGGUCGCAUCCUGCAGGUGCAUCAGAACAGCUGCCGCUUCUACAACAACGUCGCCUAUGACGAGAACUUCGGAGGUAGGCAGGCAGGCCCCCGACACACACAUACACACACACUCAGAAUCGAUCCCCUUCUACUCACUUGUUGAUUGGUCGCCAUGUAGGUUUGGCCGACGACACGAGCGAGGGCUGUGCGGAGGGCGACCGCAUCGCAUCAGUGCUGGAGGGACCCAGCCAACACAGGAUCAGGGUAAAUGACCGACCGACCGACCAACCGACGGACCCACCCACCGAUACACACCCACAACUAUCUGUUUCAGGCGGCCUUCCUGAGAAACCACGGCAUCCUCAUCGUCGCCGAAAACCGUGAGCAGGCACAGACACACACACAUACACAGGACAAUCCAACGGACGGAACUGUGUGUAUUUGCUCUGACUGCGUGCGGCUUGUCUGACUGUGUGUGUCAGUGUGGGAGGCGAUGGACGACCUGUAUUACUUGGAGAGGUCGGCGCUGUUCCAGGUGGAGGCACUCAAAGCCGCGGGAGGCGACAUGUCCAAACUAGCCAUUAUGGCCGACGAAGUCGCCAUCGACACGUACAAACAGGUGUGUGGGUGGCCACCAGGACCAAGUUAGUUGUGCGUGUGGCGACCAAUGCCGGCAUGUGCGUGUGUGUCAGUGGGAGAGGUUCCGUGCCGAGGGGGGGUGGAAGCACUUCAUCGCCCACAAGAGGCGGCUGCUCAGGAAGGACCCAGCCAUCCACAACCUCCUCUGAUGCACUCCGUCAGUCAGCCCCCCCUGGCAGCCAGUCAGUUUUGCCAUCUGUGCAGUGUAUCGCCGCUGUGUAUGUGCGUGAGUCCGAUACACUGCACAGACAGCGGCGCCCUUCUCUGUGGCGUUUGUCCCGCUCUCUGACUGGUGCAGUGGACAUGUGUCUCUAGUGACUAGUGUGUGAGUGAAUCUCUCGCUGACAGACACUGCUCAAUGAUUGACAGUAUAUACGUAUACAUGAUGUGUCCAUGUACACACAUUGACGCUGUACACAUGCUGAGUCCGACACACCACAUCACACACCACACACACAUGUGGUAGCAGUAGAGGAUGGCUGUGAUGGGGUGAGUGAGUCUCUGCGAGGCUUUUUCAUCUCGCGUGAGGCGCAGCACACAGACAGACAGCGGCGCCGUAAGUGUGUACCAUAUCGACAACGACAAUGUCCCUGAACCACUCAUGUGAAUGUGUGUGCAGAUCAGAUCCAC